AUAGGACACUGUCACGAUAGGCGGGCGUCGGCUACAAGGCAUUGCUGAAGUGAGACCUCAGGGUGAACACACCCAACGUACGGACUUCCUGAACACCUUGCAUCCAGUCCGGCACGUUAGCGGCUCGAUGACACAGACCGACAGGUAUAGGUUAGAGGAGGUUGUCAAUCUCGGUCUUUCCGGUAGCAGAGCCAAGUACGUCAAAUCCUUGGCUAGCAUGGGAAGUGCGUGGUGUAGAGAACAUCUUGAGUGAGAACAACAGCUAACAUUUAUCUGCUCAAAUCGGCAUUGUUAUGAGUCAGUACGUCGGUAGGUCUCGAAGGCCAUCCGAACUAAUCGGUGCUAAAGAUACGCCAGAAACCACUACCACUAAUGCACUUGAAGAGGCCAGCGAUGGUAGGAGUGAACCAGGAAGUGCUGCCGCAAUUGAUACUGAGCCCCUGUGACGUCACGCCAUAUUGUAAGUUGUAUUGCACUGUCACGACACUAUCUCCACGGUAAGCUAUGAUUAGAGCAAUUUGUAUACGGUGUCACAGCGCCGCCGUCACGGUGCGUGGUGCAGGAUCAGUUGCUGGCUCGCGCCUCAUGGUUCUGGACAAUAAUGGCAGGCAGCAAUGGCUGCAACCUCUCAAGGAUGAAUUUCGCUCAUACGUUUCUCGUUUUCGCUUUCUUGGUUUCUUGGAUAUCAUGUACUAUAGCUCAACCCGCCACCCUUCUCUUCGAUGACUGCUUCACUGGCAAUACUAGCCAGAAACUCAAUGUCUCCACCGUCUAUGCUCAGUUCCAGAAGGAAGGCCCUCGAGGAAGAGUCCUCAACUUCACCGUACUGGGUGACAAUCCAGCAGUCAUUCAGCCAUCUUCUGGAGGAGAUAAUCCGGUCGCGACUACCCUAUUCACGAUCAGCAAUAUGUUAACAUUUCCUGUUGGGGACUUUAACACUUUCUUCUGCAAUUCAGUCAGACCAGCUUCCCCUUUACCGCCUCUGGGCGACGGUCAGGAGAAUUACUGUCCCCUCCAACCUGGUCCCUUCGGUCUGUCUACUACAGUUACACCAGGAAGGAGCUUUGAAUUGGCGACCUAUUACACCCGGAUACGUGCUCUCGAUCCAGGUUCCAACGAGCUGUUGUGUUUAGACGUUACCACUACGCCAUUGAACCCAGGUCCUCUAGAUUCACCGUAUGGUCACGCGCGCAUUGUUUUCUGGGCGACUGUUGGCCUCGCUAUUGCCUACUGGCUAGUCGUUGGUCUCGCACGCCUAGUUUCAGCAUGGGGAAGGGGCUCCACCAGGAGCGGGCCCGGUCUAUGGGCCAGAAUUGAGAGUGCCGGCUUUAUUUUGGCAAGCGCAAUUAGUGGCGAACGGCUUGCAACCUCUCCUGCAUUGAUGCGGUUUUGUACACCAUCUUUGCGCGACGUUAUAUUCCACACCCAAUGGUGUGCCGCUCUCAGCAUGGUGGCUGUUCAGUGGCCGGAGUUCGCAUACCCUUUGCUCUCGCAGACCGCUUGGUCGACACUAUCCUACAAUAUUUCGUUGGUGCAGGAGCAGCCGUUCCACUGGAAUCCUCUGGCAGCAGAGCCGUACAACCUGCCAUCUAACUUUGUUGACCAGCUCAAUGACCCCAGUUCUCCACUCUAUUUGGAUGCAUCCAUUCCUAACACGCUCUAUCGGCUGCCCCAAAAUGCGACGACGGGAAUAUCGUCGUUCGCAUAUUCUGUUGGCAUUCGACCGCAAGAUCUCUUUGGCACUUGCAUGGCGCUCUUCUUAGCGAUCAUAGCAGCCACGAUUGUGCUUAGCGUGGCUGUUUGGGCCGUUGAUUGGAUUUUCUCAAGAGCAUUUCACACUGAUUUACAGACGACUCCUGCUCUUGCGGGAAACAGGAGUCCCCGGUACUCUGUUGGAAGCAAAGACAUGCUGGAGAGCAUCGCCCAGCUACAAAACUCUGACGAGAAUCGAUCCGUCAAUGGCCAAACUCUGCUGCGAACAACGUCUCGCUUCGGAGGAGCAGCGAGACCUUGGUGGAGAAUCAACAGCAACUUCGUUUCGCUCCAUGGUAGCGUUCUGCAAGGGAAUUUGGUUAGGAUUCUCAUCCUCUUCCAUCUUCCCGUUACUAUAUUCUCCUGUUACCAAUUCACGAUUGGAAGACCUGAAGCAUCCAUGGUUUCCAUUGUCCUUGCGGCACUCUCGUUUGCGAUAUUCUCCGUCUUAAUUCCCAUAUUCCUGGUUGUGCGGCUCACGAUCACAAACACCACCAAACUCUACGACGAGACCUGGACCCUCCUGUUCCUUGGCCCAUUGUAUAAUCAUUACAGGCACGGAUCACAAUUAUUUGCAUGUCUGCUCUUCGCAACCAACCUGGCGUUCGGCAUAACCAUCGGGUGUGGUCAGAAAAGCGGUACUGCCCAAGCUAUCAUCAUUCUGGUGGUGGAAGUUAUGUCUGCACUAGGGACUAGCAUCUGGCUGCCCUGGGGUCAAGGAGCAAGUAUGGGAUUGAUCAGUUUCCUCUUCUGUGUCGCACGUAUCGUCAUCGCGGUACUCUUGGUCAUUCUAACGCCAAUUGUCUCGGUCGCAACUGGCGCUGCUCAAUGGGUGGCAUAUGCAAUUCUGUUCAUCCUCGCGCUUGUUUACCUGGCAUUCUUCCUGAUGCUCAUCGCGAAAUUGGUGGAAGCACUCGUGCGAAUGUUUGGUGGCAUUGGGUUCCACCAAAGCAAACACGUAGUGGAUAGCGGGUUGUUGGGCGCCCUGAACCAGUUAGGAUGCUGUGGAGGACGUAGAUCCGCAAUUCCCAGACGCUCUAGAUAUCGACCUGAUGACCCUCAACCUUCAGCUCUGCCGCUCAGUCGACCAACUCCUGCAUACAAGGAUGUCACGCCCACACAUUCAGCGCCACCAUCUGUCCUUCGGCCUGAACAUGCAUUGCAGCCGUAUAAGGAAGAGAGUGACGACGAGACAGGAUACAUAAUGGGUGCUUGGCAAGGCUUCCCGCGUCCAGGUUACAGCGCAGUGGAUGAUAUGCCACCAACACCGCCAACAGAGGCGCCAAAGUCUGGCUUUGCGCGGGUCGGAGGUGGUCGAGCUCAUUAUGAGUCCCCAUAUGCGAUCGCCUCGGGAUCAACGCAAACCUUCCCAUCCGUGGAACGCAAUUACUCACUGAAUCACCAACCGUCGACCCAUUCAAAUCCUUACGAGUAUUCACCACCUCCGACACCUUCGGUAGCCAGCGCUGCCAAGAAGGCUGAACUCAAGGACCUCCCACCAGGGGCAAUGCCGCCAGCACAUAUUCGUACUAAAUCGCAAACGGCGAUCAUUGAAGAUGCCUCCGCGCUACUCUUUGCAUCGGGCUCUCGUCCAAUAUCACAGAACGCCACGAUGCAGAAUUUCAGUCCUGCGGGUGGACCGGACGACGGAGAUGCGGAGUCUUCUCCGGCUCAGCCCAGGAAGAAGCAUUGGUAUCAGUUGAGGAAAGGCCGCCGUUCUGGAGAGGCUGAUCAUCCUUUAGACCCCCCUGCACCUGAACCGGAUACAGGGCGCUCGUUCAUGGUAGUGAGAAAACAAAGGCCUGGUACUGCAGCGUCGAAUGGUGCCUCUGCUUCUUCCGAACCGGAGGGUCAGAGGUCCUUCGCGGUUAUCAGAGGGAACCGAAAGGAUCCAAGUCCUGCUUCGACUUGAAACUCUUGUGGUUAUUCACGUACUUACCAUCUCCAUGCAUACUAAUUAUUGUUAGGUAAUCUCAUGGACUGGACUAAGAUUCAGCAAUUAGUGUACAUGAUGAGGGACGAAAUUCGUCUGCCAUCCUCGUAAAUAUCUGGAAGCUAAAUACCCUCCAAUCUUCAUGUCCCCUCCUUACCCAUCCAUAGAUCCCUGCUUCUUCUCGCAAUGCGGUGGCUUGAUUUAACACCCCAUCAUCUUCUGAGUCAGUGCUAGCCGUUGAAUCAGAUCGCACUAGAACAGGUUGCGAUGAAGAUAUGUCCCAGUGGCCGCCGAAGCAGAGAAAUCCAGUGUCACCCCCAACAUCAGCAACAGCGUGCAGGGGCUCCUGCGCCUUUCCUUUACCCUUGUUCUCCGUCAGUGAUGAAAGUGGAACCUCGAGGACUUCUACCCCAUCUUCUCCGAAAGCAACCACUUGGAGAAACGAUGGAUUACCAUCCUGCGGCUUACAUAUCCGAGGACAAACGUAUGAGGGAACAAAAGACCAGCUGAACGUUCGGUAUGAAGGUGUGACUGAAAUAUUAGCAGGUAGUGGAUGGGGAUAGAUGUGUGAUUGUUUCCCCCGUGUAAGGAGGUAGAGGCCCUUCUCCCGACCAAAUCCUGGUACAACGAAUUUUGUGGGUAGUGACCAGGCAGCCUUAGGCUCCUUAUGGAAGGCCUUCCCAUCCC